UGACGCAUUUUUGUUCAAAAAGAUUGUUGAUGAGGAGCUCAUGUCUUGGGCUUUAUAUUUUGAUGACACAAAGCUGACUCAUGCACUUGAAAAGUUGGUGGUUGAAGAUUUCUUAUUUCCCUAAUUAUAAAUAGAUGAUGAAGGCUGAGCAAGUUCGAAGCAGUACAGCAAUAUUUUCAUCAGUUGGUGGUUGAAGAUUUAAUUCUGAGGCAUUUUCAAUAUCUCAUCAUCAAGCAAGAAAUUAAGUAGAAUGGAAGUACAACACAGCAGAUCAAGAAUUGGACAGAAGAAUGAUCAAAAUGCUAUUGGGAUUCCAAUGAUCAGUUCAUCAGAUUCUGCAUUAAUGCCCUUCAUGGGCGCUUCAAGACAGGCACUUUUAACUGAUCCUGCUGUUCAAUACCAACUCCUGCCUUCUUCUAAUUCCAAACAUUGUUCCAAAAUCAGACAUAGUAGAGUAGAUUCAGUAAUUGCCAAGAUGAUGAAGCUCGGAGAAAGCUUAGAUGGUUUCGCUCAAGGAAUUAGAGAGCAUGUGAAAUUAGGACCAAAGCUAGGCGAAACGGUGAAAGGAAAGUUGAGGCUGGGGGCAAGAAUACUCCAGGUUGGUGGAGUGGACAAAGUUUUCAGACAGAAAUUCAAUAUCAGAGAUGAUGAAAAGCUGUUGAAUGCUUCUCAGUGCUAUUUAUCAACAACAGCUGGGCCGAUAGCCGGACUCCUUUUCGUUUCAAAUCAUAGAGUUGCCUUCUGCAGUGACAGAUCCAUCAAACUCUCUUCUCCAACCGGAAAGCCGCUCAAAGCACAUUAUAAGGUGAUGAUCCCAUUGAGAAAAAUAAAGAGAGCUGCUGAAAGUGAGAAUGUGAAGAAACCAACACAGAAGUAUGUGCAAAUAGUGACUGAUGACAAUUUUGAGUUCUGGUUCAUGGGAUUUCUAAAUCAUCAAAGGACUUUGAAGUAUCUCCAGCAAGCCAUCCAUCAAGCCAGAUGAGACUUUUUAGGCUGAAGUGUUCAGAUCAUUCGAUGUUUUGGUAUGUAAGGAAGAAGCUAGCUAUAUAUACACUCUCAUAUUAACUGUAAAUUAAAAUUGUAAAAAUGCAAACUCAUUUCAUUACAACGACAAAUGUUCAUUAUGGUGAAAGAAUGAACUCAGUUAUUUCUAUCCUUCA